AGGAAAAUAAAAAAAGGUCGUCUGGUUCUCCGAAUCAAACUCCAACUUCUUGAGUUCUUCAACUCAGUAGCUCUUUCUUUGCCAAGCUUUCCAUCAGCAGUUCGUCUCUGUGUUUCAAUGCUCAUCGCCCUCAAAACAAAGACGCCAUUUCCUUUCAAUUUCUCUUUCCCAAUCUUCUCUUCCUUCAAUUCCUUAUAUUCAACACUACCCUUAAACCCUGAUCACGACAAUCUCAAUUCCCCACCUCAAAACCCCACCACAAUAAUCCCCUUAACCCCACCACAACUCAAAACCUUAGUGCUGAGCCAAUUCUCCCAUGGCAAUUUCUUCAAUCUCAUCCAAAAUGUCGUCGCUUUGCCCUCUGUUCUCCUCUCUGCCUCAGAAAACCUCGUCCCCCGCCCCUAUAAUGCCUCCACCUCGCCGGAGGCAACUCGGUUCUCUCAGUCUCUUUACCACUCAGUCUCUAGACAUUUCUCGAUUGAAGAAAUGGGUCGCGAGAUUUAUGAUAACCGGUUCGAUAUUGAGUCUAAUUGUGUCAAAAUGGCAGGUAAAGGUGAGUUCUUGGUUUUGCCCAAUUUGAAGCUUAAAGUUUUUGUUGAAGCUAUAAGGGUUGUGUUAGAAAUUGUAUACGAUGAUCGUUUUGUUACUUUUUCUUAUGGUGGACGUGUCAAUAUGGGGCGGCACACGGCUCUUAGGUACCUUAAGAGCUCGGUGAAAAACCCAAGUUGGUGGUUUAGAGUUUGCUUUAAUCGUGUCAAAUUUGAUAGCAAGAAUGUAGAUAAGUUAUGUUUGUUCAUGGAAGAGAAAAUUAAGGAUAAGAUUUUGAUUGAUGUGAUAAAAAAGUUAUUUGGAUGUGGAGUUCUGAAUAUUGAAUUGGGUGGAUUUUAUUUGGGGAAGGGAUUUCCUCAAGAAUGUAAGUUGUGUUCAAUUUUGAUUAAUAUUUAUUUUAAUGGGUUUGAUAGAGAAAUUCAAGAAAUGCGUUUAGCAAUCAGCAAACAGAAUCCCAAAUUUGAACCAAAUGAGAUUAGUGAGAGUUCCAAUUCUUAUUAUAAGCCAUUGAAGGUAUAUGCAGUUAGGUACUUGGAUGAGAUAUUAGUAAUCACUUCCGGCUCGAAGAUGAUGACCGUGGAUGUGAAGAAUAAGGUUUUGAAACUGUUGGAGGAGAAUUUGGAGUUGGGCUUAGAUAGAGUAAAGACAGCUAUCCAUAGUGCAGUUUCAGAAAAGAUCGAUUUUUUGGGGAUGGAGUUGCAGGCUGUCCUACCUUCAGUCUUGCAUCCUCCUAUGUCAGAAAAAGCAAUCAGAGCAAGGAAGAAAUAUCUUAGACAGAAGGAAGUUAGGGCUUUGGAGUUGAGAAAUGCUCGGGAAAGGAAUAGGAAGAAAUUGGGUUUGAAAAUUUUAAGUCAUGUCUUUAAGAAGCUAAAGCAGAGUAAUGGGUUCAAGUUUGAAUACCAAAUCGAGAAUGAAGUGCGAGAAAUCUUUGCUUCUUGGGCUGAUGAAGUUGUUCAAGAGUUUAUGGGGUCCUUGGAAGAGCGUUGGAAUUGGCAUAGAAUGCUCAGUGCAGGUGAUUUCCUCUCUUUGAGGCGUAUUAGAGAUCAAUUGCCGCAAGAGCUUAUUGAUGCUUAUGAUAGGUUCCAAGAGCAGGUGGAGAAGCAUUUAUCACCAGCGAAGGCUAGAAGGGCAUUGGAGGCAGCAGAAAGGAGAGUUGAAGAAGAGGAGGAAAGAAAGUACGCUGAGAGAACAGUGGAGGAUCUGACUAGGCUAUGCAUGAAAGUAUCAGCACCAAUAGAACUGGUAAGGAAGGUUGUUAAGAUGGCCGGUUUUACGAACAAUAUGGGUCGACCCAGACCGAUCCACUUUCUUACUGUUCUGGAAGACGUAGAUAUUAUAAAGUGGUAUGCAGGGAUUGGAAGAAGAUGGCUAGAUUUCUUUUGCUGCUGCCACAACUUUAAGAUGGUAAAAACUGUGGUAAGUUAUCACUUGAGGUUCUCUUGUAUUUUAACACUAGCAGAAAAGCAUGAAGCAAUGAAGCGCGAAGCUAUUAAACAUUACACUAAAGAUUUGAAAGUCACUGAUAUGGAUGGGAAUGAAGAAGUGCACUUUCCCACAGAGAGGGAGGUAAAAAUGAUGGGAGAUAAAAAUCUCUCAGAUCCAAUACCUGUAGAUGGGGCUUUAUCAUUGGCAUUGAUCAGAUUGGCUUCCGACGAGCCAUCUCAUUCCUGUGUUGCUCAUUUCUGUGAUAGAACGAAUACUAUCGUGUAUCGAGUAAGGUUACUACAAAAUCAUUUAAAUGUGAACCCAAUGAAAGAAGACAAGGGGGGUCAAGGAAUGGGUGCCAUUCAUGACUGCAUGGAUCGAAUAUGCCUCCCGUUGUGUUCUGAUCACAUAAGUGAUUUAUAUACUGGGAAAAUUACUCUUCAAGACAUUGACUGCACCUCAUUUUUGAAUGUGGACUGAAAUAUUGUUUGUAAUGAUCAUGUUGAUUCUUAAAGCCGCUGACGAUCUGAGGCUGGGAUCAACCCGUUGCUUUCUAUAUACAAAUCAACCAGUUCUUUUGACACAGAUAGAAUUAGGGAGUCUCUCUCUCCAUGUUUUGUUUCCUUAUAGAGUGAUUUCUACAUGCUCAGGCUGGGUCAAUACUGGAAUGCAUUUUUGUUAUUAGCAAUUCCUGAA